GAUGCUGCAACAACUGAGGGUGCAACAACGCCAUCAGAGGUGACGACAAAGACUGAAACUGAGGCCACAACGACAAGUGAGGCUACAUCUACCGGAAGCCCGACAACGCCAGGCACACCUGUUUCGGCGACGACGGGGGCCAUGGAAGAGACUAAGGAAGCCACCACUGCUCCGUCAAGCGAGGCUACCGAAGGAAGUACAUCACCCGCAUCCUCGGAAGCUACCACAAAAGGCAGCACUGCCACGGUGACAACAGGCGCGUCGGAGUCUACCACGGCCGCGGAGGAGACGUCAGUCCACGGAGGCUUCUACGCAAGCGUCAACAGCGCCGAGCAGUGAAGUGACUACUGCAGAAGCUAAAACGGAAAUGUCUCCUGGAAUGUAUACAACGCCAAAGCCUAGUGAGGCUUCUACACCAUCAGUGGCAACAACCGAAGAAUCAGAAGAGGAGUUCCCGACGGAAUGUGACGUGAACGGCGUGAUAUACAAGGAGGGUGACCAGGUGCCGGACGGCAACCCCUGCCACUUCUGCAACUGUCUCGAAGGGGAGGUAAUCUGUGCCGAGAGAAUCUGCAGGCCACCCGGUCCAGAGUGCAAACCUCUGCCAAAGUCUCCCGACCAGUGCUGUCCAGAUUACGAUUGCGAAGGCGUCACGACUCCAGCAGCAGUGUCCACUGUAGAGGGACGAAAGAAACCCCCAGAGGUGACUCCGGCCAUGGCCGAAACUACACCGGCAGUGACAGCGCCUUCAACGCCACAGCCUGGCGAGUACGGGGAUGAUGUGGCGAAACCGUGCAAUGUCCAAGGAACAACAGUCGAGCAUGGUCAGGUGAUUCAGACGGCCAACCCAUGCACGUUCUGCAAGUGCACGUUCGGCGAGAUGGUGUGUGCCGAGCGCAUCUGCGAAGAGCCUCCGCGUCCAGGCUGCAAGCCGACCGGCGUCAAACCAGAGCAGUGCUGCGCCGAGGCAUUCAUCUGCCCGUCCGAAGAGGAAGAAGGCCGCGAAGAAAUGGUGACCCACAGGCCGUCGGUGUUCAAGUUUACCACAAUCAGCCCGACGAUUGCCGAUUUUACCAAGAUAUUUGGCCCCAACGUCACCACAACGCCAGUGCCAUCGACUACAGUGACACCGUUCGUCAUCGAAGUCAUGACGGAGCCUCCCGCUUCGCAGCCACCCGUCCACGAUCUCUCGACGGGUGAACCGGAAGCUACGACAACGGCGAAGACGGAGACAGGGGUGACCGAGGCAACGGUGACGACCAGUGAAGAAAAGACGACAUCGGCCACUACGGCGGUUCCUGAAUCCACUAGUCAACCGUCCGAAGCAACUAGUCCCACUACCGAGACCCCGCCAGAGGGCGCGAAUGCUACCUGCCACUUUCCCUACAAAGCCGCUCGUCCACUACACGACGACCACUGAAGCUUCGACGGCGGUGACGUCAGCGGAGCCG